ACCUUGAAAUAGUGUCGUAAUUUUCGUAAAAAGUAUAGGAGUGAUUUGUGUAUGAAAAACGCGCCUUUUUAGCAAGACUUUCAAAACAGCAGCAGGUGGAAAAUGAACUUUUAAGUGUUAUUUUCGAAAAAAAAAAGUUUACUAGGAUGCUGUGUUUCGACAUGCGGCUAGUGCAAAGACUACGUGGUGAAAAAGCUAACGAAGAAUCCACGUCACGUGAUAGGUCGAAGAGUGUGUGCGUGACCAGUUUUAGAAAUAAACCACCACGAGAUGUCAGCGCUUUCAAGUUAUUCCAUAGAAGAGCGAGCAGCGCAUUUUCUACGGCAAGUGACCUUAUAUCAAGAAGAGGCGUUUUUUCCAGAAGGUACUAUGGAUCAGUUGAACAGUUGCAGCAGCCGGAAGUCGAUGGCCAGGAACACUGCAGGAGGUUCAGGAUUGAAAACGGCGACUCCCCAGGGGAAAAGGACGAGAUGUUUGGUUCUCCAAGCACUCCCGUUCUCGAAAACCCCGAGUAUCAAACGAGAUGGUACUUUAAGUAUUUUCUUGGAAAACUGCACCAAAACUACAUUGGGGUAGACAACGACAAAUCACCAUUUUUUUUGAGCAUAGUUUUAAACGAGGAUAAUAAUACUUGUGUGCCGUUGUAUAGAGCGAUUCUUUUUAAAAAAACUGGUGCGCACAAAAUCUCAUUGCCAAUACCACUAAAUAAAGUUUUGACGGUGAAACAAAUUUUGUCAAAUUUUCCAAAUAUGGAUAAAGUGGAAAAAGGACCAAAGGAAAUAUUCACACCAGAUAUUCAGAAGGACUUACUUUUGCUCGAGGAACAAGAGGGUUCGGUUAAUUUCAAAUUUGGAGUGAUUUAUAUGAAACAAGGACAAACUAGUGAUGAUGAUAUUUUGAGCAACGAACAUGGUAGUUCAAACUUUGACCGAUUUUUGGCAUUGUUAGGAGAUAAAAUUAGAUUAAAAGGCUGGGACAAAUAUAGAGGAGGAUUGGAUGCGAAAGGUGAUAUGACGGGAAAGUACUCGAUAUACACCGUAUACGAAGGUCAUGAAAUUAUGUUUCACGUAUCCACAUUGUUGCCAUACUCUCGUGACAAUCGCCAACAAGUUGAAAGAAAAAGACAUAUCGGCAAUGACAUAGUUAACAUAGUUUUUAUUGAUUUGGAACAGGAAGACGAAAAUGAAGUUGCUCAUGCACAAUUUAAUCCUACUUGUAUAAAGUCACAAUUUACUCAUAUCUUUGCAGUGGUAAGCGUCAACUCACAAGGUCAUUAUCGCUUAUCAGUAUUUUCUGAUGAGGCAGUACCGUUAUUCGGACCCAGUUUGCCUUGUCCGCCGGUCAUAACCGAUCCAUAUUUGUUUAGAGAAUUUUUACUGGUCAAGCUGAUCAAUGGAGAAAAAGCUACCUUUGAAACGCCUACGUUUGCCAGGAAGAGACAAAGAACUUUGGAAAUGUUGAUUAAGGAUUUACAUUCGGAGCACGUGACUGAUACCAGACAGACUAUGUUAAAUCGACGUGCCUUCUCCGACGUAUUAGCAGAAACACCACGACAUUCAAGACUCAAAGAAGACUCCAGACAAAUUGAAUUUGUACGAAUUGGUCAGGCACUGAAAUUGGAAGCUAUUGUCAGGGGUGAUGCACCGACAAGUUUGGCCAGUACAGGUGCGGCAGGAACUGUUUUCAAGAGAUCGCCGUGGGAGGCAAAUUGCUUUUAUCCCGUUUUUCCGUCUCAUCCAGUAAUAGCAGGAGAUUCUUGGGGUGAUAACCGUGUGAUUAUAGCUACUGAAGAUGGAACGUUUGUUGUUGAAGAUGGAACCUCUCAUCGACAAAUUUUUGACAAAUCCCUUCAAGUUCGGCAAUUAAACGUGGUAGAACCUCACGGCAUUAUUUUGCUUAGAGCUGGUACCUCAAACAAGGACUGCAAAAUCUAUGUUUUUCGAUUAUCGGAACUGGAAACCAUUACUGAUAUCAGAACGAGAAUUGAUGUGAAAGAUCAUAGGUUGGAGAAAACUAGAGGAGCGCAUUUCUAUACAUUGUCUAGAUCAGGUGGAGCACGUUUAAGAAUGUGCGUAGCAAUUGGACGAAAACUGCAAAUGUUCCAAUGGAAACACUCAGCUGCGUGGACCGCUUGGUGUCCAGCUAGCGACACUGACACUAUAGAAGGAUUUACGUUUUCCUGGGAACUGAAUUUAAACGAAACCCCGACGAUUUUAACUAUUCUCGACAAUGUUUGGAGCCCCAUUUCACCAACCCACGGUGAUGUUCUAGUAUGUGUUGGCUACAAAAACCAUUGGGACAUGAUAAAUGGAAAAACGGGUCAAUCACAGCAUAUUUAUACUGUAGAAGGCAACAGAGCUCAUUUAGUGGCUGCGCUGGAUUUAUAUGAGGACCAAGAGAUUCAGUUAAUGUUGUGCUAUAACCAUACGUGCCAUUUCCAAAAACUAAAUGAAAGCAGUGAUAAGACAUCGACCGAUUUCGAUUUUCAUUGGAACUCUGCACCAACAGAUAUCGUUUGUGCAUUUCCCUAUAUCAUCGCUUUUACGUCGAACACAAUGGAAAUUCGCCUAGUCGUUAACGGCAAUUUGAUACACACAAUGAGCAUGCCAAAGUUGCAACUGAUCACCAGCAAGAACGACAUAUUUUUCGCUACGACAGCUCCAGAAUUUUUCCCGAACAGAACUGACAGACUGUUCGUCGAUAUGCGACAGCAGGAGUUGCAAAAAAUAUCACCACCGUCUAGCCCGAAUGCUUCUCCCGAAGUUAAGCCUUUGAGAAUCUACAGGAUACCUAUCCACGGUUUGAGCAGAUCUUCUAACCCGGAUCCUACUAGAACCAGUUCUCCUCCAGUUUGGAAGUCAGUUGAUGCAAAACUUGCUGUACCAGAUCAACCUCGGGUAUCCAGAAGCGCCACUAGCUCUCCGGUACCACCAGUGAGGGCCAGAUUACAGGCGGCACUCAAGUGAUAGUCGUUUGCUUUGUACCGUCUUAGGCAGCUGGAUGAAUGAGUGUAACAACUUAAAAGGUGAUCAAAACAAGUAGUAAGCUAUUUUGGUCGCCUUUCAAGGAGUAAAUUUGUAGCAAGUAGAAAUGUAAAUAUUUUUCGGACCAAAUUAGUCCCUUUAUAAAAUAAUAUUUUGAAACAUUUAAAUAUGUACCUUACCUUUUUCUACUGAUAUACUAUGUCUAAAAAAAAAAAUAUUGAAAUUGGGCUGGCUCACAAAAUGAUAUUGCAUUUGGACCAGCAUUAAAAAAAAAAUAUAUUGAGAUGUUAUACACCUACAUUAUAAGAAUUUAGAUUUAUUGUACCUAUGUAUCUCUUUUUUAUUCACCCAAGCAAGUGAGACCGUACUUACCCCUAUAUUAAUUUGUAGAAAUAUAUUUAUAUUAAUAUAUUAUAUUAGUAAACGUUCUUUAGAGGAACAACAUAUUGUGCAGUAACCUUUUUCGAUUGAAUUAUAAGUCCAAGAGCCAGCAAUAUUAACAGGUAUUUGAUCGUUCCUUCAAAUAUUUUCCACAUAUAGAACAAACUCGCUAACAGUCACCUCAAAACCGAAUGGUAGGUUGCCUGCGCUGGGACUCUAACGAAUAGAGAUAUUUUCUCUAUCUCUAUUGACGUCUCCUCUCUACCGAUUUUGACAAGAAAGAAAAAGACAGCAAGUGCCAUAGCGAUAAGAAUAACCAUCUCUAUCCAGUACAGAGUUCCAACCCUGUAUUCUCAUGGCCGUGAAGUUUUCUUAUAAACAAAUUAUUUUUAGUAGUGUAGACCAAAGCCGUGUAUAGAGUGGUGAACUUGAGGUAAUCAUCCAUUCGGUUUAGAGGUGACUGUAAUAAUAGCUCUCGUUUUAUGUUGGAACGAUAGAUCAUAGUAAUGCCGGCUUUCCAGCUAUAAGUUUAUCACAAAAUAAAUACCUACAUAAAAUAAUAUUUUUGUACAAUAGAAAAAACUCAUGUGUCUGUUAUGACAGAUUCUUGACUUGAUGGACUACUUUUGUAAAAAAAUUAUCUAUCACGUACUAUCAUGCAUAUUGUACUAGUACCUACACUUCAAUGAUUUUAAUUGUAUUCUGUACAUUUGUUUGCGUAAUGCACAUCUAUACUACCAAAAGUUUUUCAAAUUUAAUUCAGUAGAAAACCUUUGAUGUAAAAAAUAUUUUCACGCUUCAACUACAUGAUAUUUAUCAGAAAAUAUCGGGUCUUCAAGAAAAACCCAUCAGAGAUUGCUAUGGUUUUUUAAACAUAUGUCCUAGCAAUAUUUGUCUUUAAUUUUAUCAAUGAGCUUUGAUGUCAAAAAUCCUGACCAAUAAAGAAACUCUAAUGCGACGUACGUUUUCGUAAUCAAAGCAAUUUUCGAUUUUUUCUAGAAGACCCGAUAUGUUCAAAUGAAAAACUUCUCUGUGGGAUCCGCUAUGCAUAAAGGCUGUACCCACUAAGUACUCUGAGCUUUUAUUAGGAAUAACCUUAUUGUAAAUAUAUUGAAUAACAUAGAUAUUUAUGAAUAUUCUAAUAAAAUAUACCCACUACAGAGGCAGAGCAAAGUUUGUUAAAAUAAAUUAAGGGAUUAAUUCAUUAAUUUAACAUUUCAACUCGCACAUCUUCUUAAUGUCAAAGUUUGGGCAAAAUGCUGAAAUACAUCAAUAUUAUAGGUAUUAACUUCUGCUUAUAUCAUUCUAUAGAAGUGCGCCUUCCGUAUUCAUACUCUAUUAUUGUCCUUUAUGUAGUCAUGCCAAGUCUUGUCUAAUAUCUCCGGUGUUUCUCCUUUUUGCUUUUUUUGUUGCUACUCUUAUCUUCCAUGCUCAUGCCAAUGCAGAACAGUGAAUAAGCAUAAUGAAGGUGUUCUGUACUAGCAUUUGAUACAUUCGUAGUCUGAAUAGUCUGAAAUAAAUGUGGUAUUUGAGAUAUUCCAAAGCGAUACAGUGAGCUUUCUGGGGGAGGAUAAUCUUUUCAUCUAAUAAAAUAUUUUCUACAUAUGUACGUCUGAUCACAAAUGCGGUGGAGUUGGUUAAUUAUGGGCAGAAUCCUGUUUAUCGACAUCAUCUUUGAACGCAAGAGACCGGAUUCUAUCUCAGAUCAACAGUAAUAUCGGUAUAGCCGAUGAAGGAUUCGGAUUUUGUUGGUAUGUCAAAACACACUUGAAAGUCCAAGUGCAGAUCUCUGUUUGACGCCACUUCCGACUUCUCUUUCCCAAAACCUAAAGCAACCCUAACUUUCUAGGUGAGUAAAGAUCUUUUUCAAUCAAUUUUAUCCAUUGGCUUUGGAUUAUUAUGAUGUCGCUUCCAGUCGUUCAAGCAUGAGCUAAUCGAUUGUUUGGGCGUGUUUCUGGAAUGAACCCACUUUGUAGUUUGAAGGAUAAAGUCUGUUAGCUCUCUUGCUAUCAUCUUCUCCAUACUGUUCGACGAGGUUAAUGUUAGUAGAAUUUAUUCACUUAUGUCCGUUAGAAUAUUUUUUAAAAAUUUGCAAGAUAAUAGGGGUAUUCUUUCGAUUUAACUGAAAGUGAUUUUUAUUUUUACAUCACUUCGCUAAUUUCUGUUGCAUCAAAAGAACGAAAAUCUAUAUCAGCUGAUUUCAACUCAUAAAUGAUCUGAAAGAAGUGAACGUAAAAAUUCUGCGAUCACUUGGGGUUAGGAUUAAACUGAUUGCAAUUAUUUGGUGGGUAUAGUGGGGGAAGUGAUCCGAAAUCGGAAGAACACGGUUCAAUCAGUUCAGGUGACUUCAAUCAGUUUGUUCAGAACGAAAGAAUACUAGGAAUUUUGUAUAUAGAAAAAACGGCAUUCAUAUCAUCACUCGAUUUUUUUUUAAUGUCAAUAAAAUUAUAAGGGGAAUCCGUAAAGUUUCCUUUGAAAAGUUCGGAAAAAACGGGUCACAACGAUGGUUUCAAAUAUGGGAUUUUCCCAGAAUAUCAACCAAACUAAAUUUUAUAAUAUGUGUAAAUUAGUAUCUUCACUAUUGAAAACUCAUAAGUUUUUCUUUGUAUAAUGGUUCUUCCUUGCAAUAAAUAUAUUGUUGACUUGUCUGAUUCAAAUUUAACCAGCAAUGUGGAAAAAAAAUUAUGUCAAAUCAAAUUUUACUUAUAGUUAAGCAGACAAAUCAUGCUUCAUUUGUAUAUCAAGAUAAUAUUUAUAUAACAUAGAUUGUAAGAGUAAAGUUAUAGGUACUGCAUAUAGAAUUCUGCAAAAAAGAUCUUUAUUCAUUGUUAGACAUUUAAAUAUUUAUCAUGCUUGCUAGAUCAAGACUAGUGAUCAAUAAUUAAUAAUUUCUCCACUUCAUUAUAAAACUGCACCCCCAGACAUUAUAAAAAUAUAUAUGUUUCUAAAUUAAAACUAACCAAGUCAAACUUAGCUUAACUAUCUAAACUGGUUUAAGUAUUUGUAGAUGGCAACUAAAGUUUGUAUAAAUAUUUUUAAACUGGACUUUUCUGUGAUAAACAAUUAAAUGUCAAAAAUUGUAUCAAUUUAAGAACUAAUAUUUAAUAAACCAA